UGCUCGUGUGGAUCCACGGAGGCGGCUUCACCGAGGGCACCGGCAACGGGUGGGGCCCCGAGCCCUUCAUGGAGCACGACGUCGUGCUCGUCACCUUCAACUACCGCCUCGGACCCCUAGGUUUCCUGAGCCUGGGGACCAAGGAAGUACCCGGCAACGCUGGAAUGAAAGAUCAGACGAUGGCGCUUCGCUGGGUAAAAGAGAACAUUGCUGUGUUCGGAGGAGACCCGGAAAAUGUCACCAUCUUCGGCGAGAGUGCGGGUGCGGCUUCUGUUCAUCUCCACCUGCUGUCCCCGUUGUCUAAAGGUCUGUUCCGGCGUGCGAUCGCGCAGAGCGGGUCCGCGCUGUGCUCGUGGGCAAUCUCCAGGGACCCGGUGGGCCGCGCCAAGCGCCUGGCUGUGGCCGCAGGGUGCGGGGCCACCGUUCCAGACGACCUCGACGCCUUGCACAAAUGGUUCUGCGAGGCGCCGGCGGAGGCGCUGGUGCGGGCGCUGGACGCGGGCCGGUCGGCCGAGGAGCGGCGGCGCGGCGUGGUGUUCACGUUCCUGCCGGUGGUGGAGCCCGCGCUGCCGGGCGCCUUCCUGGCCACGAGCCCCGACCGCGCGCUGGCCGACCUGCUGGCCGCGCCUCGCUCGCCUCGCGUGCCCGUCGUCUUCGGACUCACCUCGCACGAGGGCAUCCUCAUGCUGCCAGCUGUGCCGACGCCGGAGGCCCUGGAGCAAGUGGACGCCCACUUCGAGUACGCGGUGCCCUUCGACCUGGUGGCCGACCGCAGCGACACGGCCCGCACGCGAGAGCUGACCACGGACACCGUGUUCGCGCACGCGGUCACCCAGACCGCCCGCGCGCACGCCCGCCUGGGCGCGCCGGUCUACCUGUUCGAGUUCGCGUACGUGGGGCGCCUCAACCUCCUGGGGCCGCUGUUCGGCUCGCAGCGCGUGCCGGGCGCGUGCCACGCCGACGAGCUGGGCUACCUCUUCCACGUGGACCGCCUGCCCGCCGUCGAGCCCGACAGCCCCGAGGCGCGCGUGCGCCGGCGCAUGGUGCGCAUGUGGGUGGACUUCGCUCAAUCCGGGAACCCCACUCCAGCUUUGGAUGAAGAAAUAACUCAUAAGUGGGAACAGUUUUCAGAGGCCGAACCCAACUAUCUAAGCAUUAACGACGAACUUUCAGCUGGCAAAGGGCUAUUCAAAGAACGCAUCGCGUUUUGGGAUGACCUCUAUAAAGCUGAGGGAACUCAAAAAUCGUAUUUAGCUAGUCCGAAGUUGGGAGAAGUGAAUGAUUAUGUUGAGGAUAUAGUGGGGGAUGUCAAGUUGAAAAUGAGUUGUUUCUGGUGGGUGUUAAUAACGUCUGUUUGUGUUUGUUCUGAAUACAAAUGUGCUAUUUUAAAUAUCAAAUCUCUAAACAAG